AUGGGAAAAAAGAACAAGAUCUUCAACUCUCAAAGUCCUCGCAGUUUCCUUCGCUUUCAGUCCGUUGCUGCUGCUAUGGAUGAUGAUUCAACCUCUUCUUUCCCUGUUCCUCACAAGAAAUUCUCAAUUCUUGUUAAGGAAAGUAAAAUUGAUAUAGUCAUUUGUAGCCACGAUGAUCAACUCUUGGUUAUUGCUACUCAAAUUGGGACUAUGGGAACCAUAAUGCAUGCAAGGAAAGAGGAAGGGAUGUUGAAUAGUCCAACAUUUAAUGUAUCUGUAAUAUUUGGCAAACGAGAUGAGCCAAUGCUACAGUCAUGCGCACGCCAGCUUAUCGAACAAAUAAGCAAUUCUGGCUCUUCCAAAUCAUUGACACUCUCAAUUGGUCUCAAGGACCAUUCCAUGGAGACCCUUAAAGCAAUCGUUUCUGGUGUGAUUGAGAACAGAUUGUGGUAAAAUGAUACUUGCAAAUGGAUUUAAGGAUGCUCCAGAUCGACCUUUAUCUAACUAGAAAUUUGGUAUCUUGAUUCCAUAUUAUUAGUUAUUAUUCCUUCUGGACUCUGUUCAUGCACAACUCAUUUGUAAUUUUGCACCAAUUUAAUGAUGUUCCAUUUUGGUUUUA